UUGUUGUUUUUUUGUAAAUUAUACAACAAUAAGAUUGUUUAACUCCAACAACAACAACAUCAUCAACAGUAAUAUUGUUGACUGGACAAACAACAAUACUUUUGCAUAAUAAAUAGCUACAAGUUGUCAUUUGACAACAAAAAAGAUUAAAGCAAUGUUGAGAUCAUCAAUUGGAGUUGGAAGUAAAUUAACUGGACAAAUUGGAGCAAAUGAAUUUGUUGGUUUAAAUAAUGUUUAUUCUCAAACAAUAAGAUGGAGAAAAAGAAAACCCAUGCGGUUAGGAACAGCCAAAACAAAAUUAUUCAGGGUACCACCAAGAAUACGUCUUCCUGAAGAAGAGAGUAUAGAAAUUCUUAGGCUAUCAAACAAUUACAGAACAUACAUGAAGUCCAUCAAAGCACAUAUGGUUAAAAUUGUCGCAGCAAAUGAGGUACAAUUUGAUGAAGCAUUGAUGGAUCAACUCGAACAAGAAGAUUAUGAAAAAUGCAUGAAAUUAAAUGAUGAAUGGAAUGAAAAAGUUAGAAUAUCACGUGAAAAACGUCACAAAGAAUUGAUGGAUAAACGUAUUGAACAUGCAUUAAUUAAAAUGAAAGAAAAGGAAGAAAAGAAAUUAAAUAUUAUGAAAAAUAUUGAGGAACAAGUUAGAAAAAUGAAAAUUGAAGCUAAAACAUUUAUAACAGCUGAUAAUAUUGAUCAAGCUAUUGAAGAAGCAUUACAAAAUGUUGUCAGUUAUAAUUCAGUUAUUGAUUUACAAGGUAAAAUUUAUGAGGGUGUUUAUACACCAGAACCAAGAAAAACAAGACGAAGUCAACCAACAGAAUAAUCAAAUAAUAUAUUAUUAUUAUUAUUAUUAUUGUAUGAAUUAAAUUGUUUACUUCAAUAUGAUUUUAUAAUUGUGUAAUACAUUUAAAAACCAAUUAAACAACAAAAUAUUAAAGCAAA